GCUCUGGAGGAGGGCGGGGCCUGUGUGGGGGGACUGGAGAGGCCAGAGGGAUGGACAGGGGAGGGGGGGCCCUUGGAACCUGGCGAUGGAGCCUUGGUGAACUAUGACCUCCUCCCCCCCGCCGCCCUGGCCAACGGGCUGCAUCGGACUCUGGGCCUGAGCACCCGGAGACGAAGGCAGCUGGACACCCUCAUGCACACGUACCCCGACACGCAGACACACACACUCUCACAGACGCCCUUAGACAUGCAGGCUAACAUGGACACAGCUGUCCACAGCAGACCCCCAAAGACAAACACGCUUCCCAAAACACACACGGACAGUCGGGCUGAUGUCGUCAGGCACACGAGCCCCCCUGCAGCGUCAGAGCAGCCGAGAGCCGCCUCUCCCUCUGACACCCACACCUCAUCACCCAAAACCCAGCCCCUCCCACUCGUCAAUCAGCCCCCCUCAACCAAUCAGAUGGCGGCCUCAGUUCCCUGCAGCCCGCCCCUCCCUCUCCCCUCGGCAGAGACAGACAUACUCCCAGGCUGCAGCCCCGUCCCUAUUGGCCCGACGCCUCCAGGGCCCUCCCCUUUACCCGUAGAAGGUGAAAGGAAGUACGCUCUGCGCAGCUCCGGGCGCCCUCGGUUCCCCUGCCACCUCCGCAAGUCGUCCCGGCUUCGCCGCAACACGGAAGACGUCGAGAGGAGGGCGGGGAGAGACAGAGGAGAGGAGGAGGCGGACGAGGAGGAGAGCGAGGAGAAGAUCUGGAACGUUAAAAAAGAAGAGGAGGAGGAGGUGGUGGUGUUGAGAGGAGCUGCAGAGGUUCCGUCCGCCGCCCCCCCUCCCCUCCCAGACACACCCGUGUCCCGCCCAGCCCCGCACCCCGCCCCGGCCCGCCCCUCCCCCCACUCCCUCCCAGGCCGCCUUCAGCCCAGUCCCAUGCCCCGACCUCGACCCCGGCCCCGGCCUCGACCCCAACCCCGACCUCUGCCAGCAGUCAAGAAGGUGGAACCGGUGGCUGUGGAUGUCUCUCCCCCUCCCAAGAAAAGGCAUGGAAGAUUUGUCGGGGUGAGGAAGAUCGUGGUGAAGGUGGCUCGCAUCCCUGUCAACCUCAGCCGACGACAGAAGAGCUACAAGAUCUCCUCCAUGGAGACGGUCACCGGGGCAGAUAAGGGUGGUGUCGGGGGCGACGGGGGCCUGGAGGGUCCUGAGGGGGGCCCGACGGUGGUGCGGGAGCCCACGGCCCUGCUCCGCAUGAAGAACAACGGGAAGAGCGUGAUGGUGAUGUUCCCCCCCGGAGAGCUGCCGGUCAUCCUCAAACGCCGGCGCGGACGGCCUCCCAAGCAGGCCGUGCCGGGAACGCCGGACGCACGGAACAGCGGGAACGCCGUCGGGAACGCCGACCAGCCCAAGAAGCCUCGGCGCAGGCGGCGGACCAAGCUCCCAUCCCCCCAGCCGUCGUACGUCAACGACACGAACGACGUCAAGGCCGAGUACGGCGACGUGCUGUCAAAACUGGCGUUCCUCAACCGCCAACCGCCCGCAACGGGACGCUGCUCACCGCCGCGGUGCUGGACGCCCAGCGAGCCCGACAGCUUCCACGUGCCCUUGGAAAACCCCGGAAUCUCCACCCUGCUGCACCGGCUCACCGGCUUCCGCCGCAGAGGGGGCAGAGGAGGGGGGGUGGGCAGCCGGGGAGGGGGCGGGGCGGGCGGAGCGGGCGGCGCCGAGGGCUUCAAGAGCUCCUUCUGCGACUUCUUCGAGACCAUCGGCAAGAAGCGGAAGCCGACUCCUCCGGGGGUGGAGCCCGGGUUGCCGCGGAAACGGGGCAAGGGCGCCGGCGGUGGGGCAGGAGGCCGAGGGGGCGGGGUUGUGGGGGACGGGGGAGUCGGGGAGAAGCCUGUCAGGAAGCGGCGCUCUCGUAAAAACGGGGGGUUCAGGGGCGAGGCGGCGGCUGGCGGGCAGGACUGGGCCAACGGGGGCGGGGGCUGGGGAGAGGAGGGCUUUGGGGAGAAGGAGAGGGGACCAGGGGGGUUCCAGAGCUGUGGCUCUCCCGGGAGGGGCUUCCUAUCCUGCGAGGGGGGCAGAGGGGGGGUGUUCGGAAGCCCAGGGAGCAGCAAAGUGGCCAGGGCUUCAGCAGAGGAGGCCCAGGGGCUGUUUGCUGGAUACUUUCGCUCCCUGCUCGACUCAGAUGACUCCUCAGACCUCCUGGACAUCUCCAUGUCCAGCCCUGCCUCCUCACGACCUGACGCCCGCAAACCCCCCAACGCGGCGGGCUACGAGUCCUCCAGCCCAGCCCCCGGCCCCAGCUGGUCCCCAGCCUUCCCCAAGCGCAGCCCCAAAGGGCCCGGUCUGGACAGCCCUGCCCAGCCCCAGUGCUCCUCAGCCAGGCCUCCUUACAGCUACACCCUGGCCCAGACCUCACCCACCACCUCCUCCUUCCCCAAGUCCACCCCUCCGUCCCUCUCUCUGUCCCGCUCUCCCAGCUCACCCCAUCCCUCCUCCUACUGCCACUACCCCUCCAGCUACUCCUCCUCCUCACCUGGCGGGGGCAGUGUUGGCUCUCAGAGGCCCACAGACUGCAGCUUCUCCUAUGGGGCAGGACACAGCAGCACCAAGGCCACCCCUGUCGGCCAGGGUCAGAUGGGUUAUUCCAGCUACCAGGCUGCUUCCAAGCGGGGCUACAGCGGCUACCCCGGAUCGGCCCAUCCCUCCCUUCUGCGGGGGGAGACAGCAGCACCCACAUCUCCAGGGGCAGGUUACAUGGCCAUGGCCAAGAGCAGUUCCUUCCCCUGUUCUUCCUCCCCGGAAGGAUACAGACCCCCUUCAAAUCAGUGGAACUACAGGCAGGGGUAUGCUAGCUGGGGAGUAGACGGCUUUGGGCUUCAGUACAACAGCUACAAUGAAUAUGCCGGCAGUUCUACUGAGUCUAAAGACAUCCUGGACAUUUCCAACUACACUCCCCAGAAGGCCAAGCGGCCCUCCUUCCCAGAGAGCCUAUCGGAAUCCUCCUCUGACUCCUCCCACCUGGGCUCAGGAGCCACUUGUGGAGGUUCUGGGUCAGGGGGCGGGAUUUACAGGCAGAAGGAGCCUGUUCCUAUUGGAGAAGCGGGCCAGUCCAGCCUAUCCAGUCUGGAGAAGCUGAUGAUGGAUUGGCACGAAAGUGCGGCUGGACCUUCCUACAACUGGAGCCAGAAUGUACUUUUCCAGGGCGGAGGAAACAAGCAGGGCCGCGGGCGCCGGAAAAGGUCUGAACCGCAAGGGGAACGGGAGGGGGGGUCCGCAACAGCAGGCGCUCCUCCAGACUCUCCGUCCAGCCCGCUUCCGUCCCAGGGCCCAGGGCCCAAGCGCAGCGGAGUGGGGGGCCGGCAGCCGAGGGGAUCCCGAGGAGGAGGGAGGGGGGGUCUGUCCCCGUGCCAACGAGAGCGCCCCGCAGCGGCCAAAGCCAAAGCCAAGGGGGCUUCUGGAGGGGGGGCCUCUGGGGGGGGGGCCUCUGGAGGCUCCGGGCUGUUCCAGGAGGGGUUGGACUACUACAGCGGGGACAGCAGUAGCCUCUCCCCCCUGCCCACCUCUGCACCCCCCCACGGUUACCCCUCAGACCCCUGUGAGUACCCCUCACCCUACUCCGCCCACCCCUCCACCCCCUCCUCUGAUGAGCGCUACCCAGCCAUCUUUCCUGGGGAGUCCUCCCUCUCCCCCAGUAUGUCCUCUUACCCCCCGAAACCCACUCCUCCACCCCCCCAGACCUACCACCCUGUGCCUACCAGGACCUUCUCUCCCUCUUGCUCCCCGUCACCACGGUUACCUCCCCACUGCGGAACAGCGUUGAGCCCCCCUCACCGUGCCCCCCCUAAAGACCCCCAGUACCCCCAGUACGACUCCCCCAAUUACUGUGGCUCCCCCUACUGGUACGGACAGGCGUCUCAUGGCGGCAGCCCAAGUCCUCACGCACACACCAGCACACACACUAACCCACACGCCGGUGCACACGUCAGUCCCCACGGUAACACACACCCCAACCCACAUGCCAACACACACACGAAUCCUCACACCAACCCGCAUGCCAACUCACAUUCAAACCCCAAUCCUCACACCAACACACACCAACACCCCAACGCACAACCGCACGCCAACCUGAGCCCCCACACCAACCCUGCAUCAAACCCCAACCAUCCUUCUAACCCCCACUCACACCCCAGCACCACCCUACAUGGCAGUGUCGCCAACCCUCACCACCACCCCCUCCACCCCAACAAUCACCACCACCACCAUGCCCAAUCCCACCCCCAUCCCCACCCCAACACGCACGCCAACCCCCACCUCCAUUCCAACCCCACCUCCAGCCUCCACACCCACCCCAACCCCUUACACUACGAAGAGCGGCCCCCUCCCUCUGGCAUGCCACACCACAAACGAGACCUCGCUGCCCACAUGACUUCAGGCCCCCGCCAGGCCCCCCUCCCUCACUCUCCCUACCCCUCCAACUCUCCCUACCCCUCCAACCUCCACAAGCCCUCCCUGGAAGCCGUUUCUCACUCAGAGGACAUGGGUUACUCCCCCCUGCCCCUCCACUCCUCCUCCUACCCAGGGAUGCCCCCCCGCUACCCCCCCCAGCCGGCGCGGGGCGGGGGGGUCCUCUGCCAGCUGCUGGACCCCCCGACAGACGACAGCUUCAGCGUGACCAGCUUGUAGCUGUGGCUGCAGGUGCAUUCAAUCUCAAGCUUUUACAGAUUUGUAAACUUUUUUUUAAGUCUUUGUGAGAGACUUGGUGAAAGAGGAGAGUCUGCCAGUUUUGGACAGUCUAGCUUUAAUGCUCCAGCAAUGACAAUCAAGAGCUCGCAGCAACACACACACA